AUGCUUCACUAUCGAUUUAUUGUUAAACAUAAACUUAUUGUGCGAAAAAUGGCUUCGUUGGUCAACACUCUAGUUGAUAGAGCACGCGACUCUAUAGCUAAUAAUAUAAAUCCAGCUGCAGUUAUACCAAAAUCGAUGAUAUCAUUUGUUGAUGAUGAAAAAAUAAAUUUACAACAAAUAGCAAAUAAUUUUUUGCCGCGAUAUUUUGAAUUUCAAACAAGAGAUCAUGGAAAAAAAUUGAAUGUUGUUCAACUUAUGUCAGAAUAUGUUGGUAAUUUUUCUACACCUAUUUGUUAUCUUCAAUUUUAUUUGAAACGUGCAGAAAAAUUUAUUCAAUUUGCUGAAGAAUUAGGACCGUUAAGUGACAGAGAAGAGAUUCAUCGACUGAGUUGUAUACGUAUUUAUAAAAACUUUAUUCAACGUUAUUCAGAAUUGAUUGAAGCCAUUCAAGCUCAUGAAAGUACAUGUAGUGGACGUUUAUUUCGACGUUCUAUUGAACGAAUGAAACCUGAAAUUGCUCAUGUACCAAUUAAUUUACAUUUGCAACAACUGUUAGUUAGCAGUGGAGAUGAUCCUUCACAAAGAUCAAUUUAUAAUAUGGUUACAUUAGGUGCACCUGCAGUACAUCAUUCUCGUUUUACUUAUGGUGGUCUUGCACGGAUAAAAACUUUUGAACGUGAAACAAAUGAACGCUUAUGUUAUUUACAAGAUAAAUUACAAGAUGUUCUCAUCCUUAAUAGUGAUAUAAAUGAUGCACUUGAUCAUUUGACACAAACUAUUGCAAGUUCAUCAACAAAUAUGCAACAUUCUGUACUUAAAUUAUCCCUUGAAAGAGUUGAUCGAGCUGUUGUCUCAUUACUUGAAUAUUCCGACAAAGAUCUUGAUACGAUAGCUAACUCGUCAUCACAAAUAAUUGCUAAUCCAUUGAUACCACGAGUGUCUGCUCAAGAAGUGUCUGCAUCACAGGAUACCAUACAUGCAAAAGCAAAAAAACUUUUAGAAGAAAUCAAAGAGUCAAUGAAAAAAGAUGAACACACAUUUGGAAUGGCACAAUUAAAUAACUUAAAACUCAUUGCUGAUGAACUUGAACGUCAUACAUGUAAAUAUAUAAUGCGAUAUAUAUUUCAAGAAAGUAUGGAAAUUGAACGUUAUUCUCAAGAUUUUCGUGAACGUUUUGAUAUUGCUUUUUCACAGGCGUUAACUUGCCUUAUAUUCUCAAUUUCCGUUCUUCUAUCGUCUGUUAAAAUAAGUGAUCAAGCGUGGAAGCUUUACAUGACUAGUGGUAAGUGUAUAGACAUGAGAGAGAAAAAAAGUAAACGAUAG